GCAGAGCCUGGUCCGAGAGGACUUUACUCCCAGGAGGAUCCCAAGCCCAGGAGCCGAGGCCAUGGCAGCCAAGUCUGAGAAGAGGGUGGCCUCGUCCGUCUUCAUCACGCUGGCAGCCCCACGCCGAGAUGAAGCGGCGGCCGUGGAAGUGAGGCGGGCGGUGUGUGAGGCCCGGCCUGGUGGCCCCCGAGAGACUCCUGACCCGGAGAGGGCGUCUGGGGCUGGUGCAGUGGGCAGGCCUGGCCCCUGGAAGGCCCCUGGCAGAGUAGCGGCCGCUGUGCCCGCUGAGCUCUCCAAUGGAGGAUGUUGCCCCCCGCCCCCUCUCCCAGAUGCUGCAGAUGUGCUCCCCGACCUGGACCUCCUCCCGCCUCCCCCGCCACCCCCUUCAGCAUAUCUGCCUCCUGACGAGGCGCCCCUGGCCCCAGCGGAAGCGUCCCUUAUUUCAGACUUGGAGCAGCUGCACCUGCCCCCACCCCCAUCCCAGCCCCUGGCCGAGGGGCCGCCCCUCCGGCCUCCACCGAGUCACCUCAGGCCCGCUAAUGUGGAGCUGCCCCCUCCCCCAGAGGAACCUGUCAGCUGGCCUGAGAAGGAGGCAUCCACAGACAUCUGCGCCUUCUGCCACAAGACCGUGUCCCCCCAGGAGCUGGCCGUGGAGGCCAUGAAGCGGCAGUACCACGUCCAGUGCUUCACCUGCCGCACUUGCCACCACCAGCUGGCCGGAAAGCUCUUCUUCCAGAAGGACGGGCGGCCCCUCUGUGAGCCUUGCUACCAGGACACCCUGGAGAAGUGUGGCAAGUGUGGAGAGGUGAUCCAGGAACACAUCAUCAGGGCCCUGGGCCGGGCCUUCCACCCGCCCUGCUUCACGUGCGUGGCCUGUGCCCGCUGCAUCAGAGACGAGCACUUCGCCCUGGACAGCCAGAAUGAGGUGUACUGCCUGGAUGACUUCUACAGGAAAUUCGCCCCUAUGUGCAGCAUCUGUGAGAAUCCCAUCAUCCCCUGCGACGGGAAAGAUGCCUUCAAAAUCGAAUGCAUGGGGAGAAACUUCCAUGAGAACUGCUACAGGUGUGAGGACUGCAGGGUGCUGCUGUCCAUCGAGCCCACGGAGCAGGGUUGCUACCCGCUGAACAACCGUCUCUUCUGCAAGCCCUGCCACGUGAAGCGGAGUGCCGCGGGCUGCUGCUGAGAGCCCCCCGGCUCUUGGGGCCCGGUGCAGCCCACAAGCCUGAUGGUGGCCUGG